UGUACGUGAGAAAAAGAGGGAGAGAGAAAGAGAGAGAGAGAGAGAGAGGGAGAGAGAGAGAGAGAGAGAGAGAGAUAGCGAAUGAGUCUGAUAAGAGUGAAAGAGAGGGAGAAAAAGAGAGAGAAAGGUAUCGCGGAUUUACCACCGCUCGAAUAGAGAUUUAAUGUUUGUAAGGGCAAUAAUAUUGUAAAUUUUUCGAGUACACUGUAUUUGAAUGUGUAAGUUGCAUAAAAAAGACAGAUUUUUUAGAUAUUGCACUAUAAUAUUUAUUAUUCUAAGGUAAACGUCUACGGAGCCACGAUCGGCCGCGCGCUUUUCGUUUGGUUCGUGUGAUUUCUUAAGGAUCGAUUGAGAAAUUAAGAAAGAAAUUAAAGAAUUAAAGAUAAAGAAAAGAGAAAAAUAAGAAAAGAGAAACAAAAAAGAAAGGUCGACGAUCGAUCGAUUUGAUGGAUCGAUCUUUUUCUUUUUUUUCUUUUCUUCUUCUUUUUCUUCUUCUUCUUCUUCUUCAUCUUCUUCUUCUUCUUCUUAAUUUCUUUAUUCAAUUUGCGGAAGAACAAAUCCAAUUGUUCUUUUGCAUAUAUAAGGAAAAAAUACUGAUCGAGUUAAGAUCACGCGGGCCUUACGAGCGCCGGAUUAUUUCGCGACGAUUAUAAAUUAACAUUAUUAAUGAAAUGAGAAUGAGAGCAAAACGAGAUAUGCAUCGUUCUUUCCAAUAAAAAAAAAAAAAAUAAAAAAAAAAAAAUAAAAAAAAAAGUAAAUAAAUAAAAAAAAGAAUAUGAGGAAGCAACAUUUUUAGUGUUUACACUACGAUUGAUAAACGAUUCUAUUAUUACAUAAUAUUAUAUUAAUAACAAUAUUAUUACUGUAAUGUUUGUUUUUGGUUAUUAAAGUGUGUAUAUAGCAAUAUAUUCUAGAAAUGGUCCUCUAGUUCAUUCUCUUCUUAUAUUUUUACACUUUUUCUUUUUGUUUCUUUUUUUCCCUAUUGAAAAAACCAUUCACGAACUUUCAAUCAUAUUAUAUUAACAAAAGAUUUGAAUAAAAUAUGUAUUACAAAUACAAUAGAAAAAUAUUGUUCCCAUUAUGGCGUCUAUUGGUGCCUAUUGGUGUUAUAAACUUAUAUAGCUUAUAUCCCUUUUACACAUAAUUAAACGAUUGGAUUGGUGCGCGAUAUAAUUAUUUAUAUGUAGUAAUAAAUAGUAAUAAAUCUGACGAAAGUAAAAGAAGAAAAAAAAAAAAGAAAAGAAAAAACCACAUACCAGAUUAUAUUUUUCUCAAGAUUAAUCUUAAUCUUGAAAAAGUAUUUGUUAAUGGACAAACUUUAUAAUUUUUUUUGUAUUCAAUUAUAUUUAUACGAAUAUCUAAAGCGUAAUUCAAGUAACUCGUAAUUCGUUCGAUAAUAUUUGCAUCGAAUUAGAUUUCGAUAUAUCACAAAUAAUAACAAACCAGAUCUCACCACGUGGAGAGGUUGCUGCUUAUGGAGAUCCACGGAUUGACAGUAUCUCUACUUUAAAAUCCACGUUCCGUAAUAUCAAUCCUCAAUAUCUUUUCACUUCGGAAGCUUCAGACUAACUGGAGAUACGUGAGAUUCCACUUCCCGAAUAGUUCCCAUCGUUCGACAACGUCAGUUUCAGAUAUAAUUGAAUUAUUAAGUACAACCGUUCGUGCUUUCUGAUUUUCGAACAAUAAAAAAUGUAGUCCAAGGUAAGACUUUCAUUCUCACACCGUAUUUAUUAAAGAUUGUUUAAAUAAUUGAAAAAUUAUAAUGAGCGAAAUUAUUAAUCAUUUAAUUUGAAUCGUACGUAAAAUAAAUAUUAUUUCAAUUUUCUUUUCAUUCAUAUAUACACGAAAAAAUGCGCCAUUAUUUAUCGAUUCACGAUACUGUAAGAUUACGUUGAUUAACUCUCACAUAGACUCAUGACGGUAGAAUCUAUUUGAAGUAUUAUUCAUUGACGAGCUUUUAUAUAAAUGUAAAUAUACGAGACACUAGCGACCAUACAACUAUUGUCGGUUUUUCUAGUAACUUAAUAUAGCACGUCUAUUUUGACGUUCAAUUUAUCGUAUAAUAUUGUUUGUUUAUAAAAGUAACAAUGGCGAAUGCAAAACUUAAUAAAAUAAACAGAGUAUCUCAAUUAUUUCGUUCAAUUCAUGCUACGUUACCAAACACACUUGAAAAGACAGAACUUUCGAAAGGUUAUGUGAAUAUGAUCAAUAACGGUAUUAUCAAAUCAGUUAAUAAAGGAAUGCAUGUAUUGUUACCAUUAGGAUUACGAGUAUUGAAUAAACUUACAGCUCUUAUUGAUAAAGAAAUGAUAAACAUUGGAGCACAGAAAAUAUUGUUACCUUCUUUAACAUCAGUUAAAUUAUUAGAAAAGACUAAUAGAUAUGAAUCUGAUAAAAAUGAAUUAUUUAGUUUAACAGACAGAUAUAAAAAGAAAUAUAUUCUUAGUCCAACUUUUGAAGAAGCAGUAUGUAAUCUAAUACAUAAUCUUGGCCCUUUAUCUUCCAAAAUAUUACCCCUAAAAUUAUAUCAAAUUUCUAGUAAAUGGAGAGACGAAAUGAAACCACGUUUAGGUUUAUUACGUAGCAGAGAAUUUAUUAUGAAAGAUUUGUAUACCUUUAAUGUCAAUUUAGAUGAUGCUAAAGAUACAUAUAAUAUUAUAUGCGAGGCUUACGAUAAAAUUUUUAAUCAAAUUGGAAUAGAAUAUAUAAAAGCUAUGGGUGAUACAGGAUCUAUCGGUGGUUGUUUAUCUCAUGAGUAUCAAUAUUUAUCUGAAAUUGGAGAAGAUGUUAUUCUGUCGUGUCAAUCUUGCAACUAUUAUGUGAAUAAAAAUGUAUCUAAGCAAACUGAAUGUCCACGCUGUAGCAAAAAGUUACAAGCACAUAAUACUAUUGAGGUUGGACAUACUUUCCUCUUGGAUACAAAGUAUUCAAAACCAUUAAAUGCAUUUUACAUAGAUAAAAAUAUAGAAAAACCUCUUGUAAUGGGAUGUUUUGGAAUUGGCUUAAGUCGUAUUAUGGCUGCAGCAGUUGAAAUUCUUUCAGUUAAUGAAGAGUUAAGGUGGCCUAAAAGUUUGGCACCUUUUACAGUUUGUAUCCUACCACCGAAGGAAGGAAGCAAACAAGAAGCUGCAUCAUCUUAUAUCGAACAGAUAUACAAUAUUUUAUGUAAAUUAGGUAUAGACGCAAUACUUGAUGAUAGAACAGAUUUGACAAUAGGUAAACGUUUACUGUAUGUAAGAAACAUUGGAUAUCCUUAUGCUAUAAUCCUUGGUAAAUCUGUAAUAUCAAAAUCAAUGUUUGAACUUUAUGAUGUUUAUAACAACAAAUAUCAUGAUGUAACUUUAGAGGGUAUAAGUGAUUAUUUUAUGAACAAUUACAUUAGAGAAUCUGACAAUAUUAUGAACAAUGACAUUAGAGAAUCUGUCAAAAGAAAUUAGACCAUAGCAUUUUGAUAGAAAUUAUUUUUUAUAAUAAUUAUUAAUUAAUAAUACAUGUAUAAUACAAAACAAGUAUUAAUUAUUUCAUAAAAAUUAGAGAGACAA